CACACACUCCUGCAGGACAGCUGAGCCUCUACGUUCCUGGUAUUGGUCCCAGCCCAGCUCCUUCACUAUGGUGGUCCCCACUGGCAAUGAAUCCAGUGCCACGUAUUUCAUCCUAAUAGGCCUCCCAGGCUUGGAAGAGGCUCAGUUCUGGUUGGCCUUUCCCUUGUGCUCACUCUACCUUAUUGCCGUGCUAGGUAACUUGAUGAUCAUCUACAUCGUGCGGACUGAACACAGCCUACAUGAGCCCAUGUAUAUCUUUCUUUGCAUGCUUUCUGGCCUGGACAUCCUCAUCUCCACCUCCUCCAUGCCCAAAAUGAUGGCUAUCUUCUGGUUUAAUUCCACGACCAUCCAGUUUGAUGCUUGUUUGGUACAAAUGUUUGCCAUCCAUUCCUUAUCUGGCAUGGAGUCCACGGUGCUGUUGGCCAUGGCCUUUGAUCGCUACGUGGCCAUCUGCCAUCCAUUACGCCACGCCACUGUGCUUACGUUGCCUCGUGUUGCCAAGAUUGGCAUGGCUGCCGUGGUACGGGGUGCUGCGCUGAUGGCUCCCUUGCCUGUCUUCAUCAAACAGCUGCCCUUCUGCCGCUCCAACGUCCUUUCCCACUCCUACUGCCUACACCAGGACGUCAUGAAGUUGGCCUGUGCUGACAUCCGUGUCAAUGUCAUUUAUGGCCUCAUUGUCAUCAUCUCUGCCAUUGGCCUGGAUUCCCUUCUCAUCUCCUUUUCAUAUCUGCUUAUCCUUAAGACUGUGUUGGGUUUGACACGUGAAGCCCAGGCAAAGGCUUUUGGCACUUGUGUCUCCCAUGUCUGUGCUGUUUUCAUAUUCUAUGUGCCUUUCAUCGGAUUGUCUAUGGUGCACCGUUUUAGUAAGCGGCGUGACUCUCUCCUGCCUGUCAUCAUGGCCAACAUCUAUCUAUUGGUUCCUCCUGUGCUCAACCCCAUUGUCUACGGGGUGAAGACAAAGCAGAUCCGACAGCGCAUCCUUCGUCUUUUCCAUGUGACCACACAUAUGACAGACUCCUAAGGGUCACUGAGCAACUUUGUUUUCAUUCAAAGUCCUCUAAUUCAGAUUUUUCAUGUCAAUGUUUUGGAAAACAGUAUUAAGGAAACAAAUCUCCCUUAAUAGAAUACAACUUGGAUCCUUCAAAGUUGAAACUGGUUGGGGAUUCUCCACGUGAAAAGGGAUGGCAGGACCACAUAUUUCUAUAUUAUGUUCCCUUUUGUUUUUUAUUCCUAUAAUUAUUAGAACUUUUGCAUAGUGGUGGCGGAAGGGUUAUUACUUCUCAUUUUAUUAUCCAGUCCAGAUUGAAGUUGCUUCCACUGGUGGUCCACAGAGUUCUGAGAUCAAGGCAGUGUACCUAAAGGACAUUUGUCAAAGGCCUAAGCAUAACAAAAGGAAACUAAAUACAAGAAUCUAAUAAAAUUAGAUCACCUAGCCUAAGACUCUAACUUCCUCUUCAGAAUUCUCAAUAUUUCUGGACCUCCCGAAAGGAGAUAUACCUGGCUUUCCUUCUUCAAGACAACCUUCACAGAGAAGAAAUAAUUGCUUUUUCCCUGGGCACUGGGCCCUGAAUAAAAGGUUGAAAAUAAAGCCUUAAAAAAACCCCACAUCAGCUUAUACUUUGUUCAGAGAAUGAAAGAUAACACACUUUGUUCUGAGAGUGUUCACAGCCUAUGGACUCUCAUUUCCUUAUUUAAUUCUUAAAAUCAAACUUUUGGCUUAGGCAGGAAUAUAAUGAGCACCCUCACUGUACCAGUAGAGAAACUGAUGUCCCAUGGGGACCAGUAAAUUGCAUAGCGUCAAGUAAGCUCAGAGAAUAUUAAGACUUUUCAUGUCCAAUUCUAUAGCAUAUGACAGGAUUGAUAGACAACAGUAGGAUAGUGUAUCGGGUAUUUCCAGAGGAAGUAUUUAAUCCUGUCUGCCACUCAUUCUGUAUUGUAUUGGGAAAUGUCCUGUUGCUGGAUCUCAUGGUUUUCCUUCCAGUAGCUCUUGUUCUUUUUUCUGGUGUAGCUGCCACUGUGCUAUGCUGUGGAAGCAGGAGUGUGCUUGGGGAGUUCUUGAGCAGUGGUUUGUUUGGGAAAUAUUGUGAUUAGCAGUGGAGUCUGGGACAUCUGAGAGACCUUUAAGGAAGAGAAGCAUCUGAGGCCAUCCAGCAGCCCAUGGAAUAAUGGCAGGACUUGUUACCACAGACCAGGGAGCCAAGAGCAAGAGGUAUCAUGAGCCUUAGAAGGGCCAAUUGCCCGUGUACCUGGGCCAGAAGCAAGACUGAGGGAAGGAUGGAUUGGCAGAAAGUGAAGACAGUGUAUACAGGGGCACUACCUGUCCCCACAUGUCCCCAGGGCUUUGCGUUGUCCUGCAGGGGAAGGUUAUAAAAUGAAGGUCGUUCAGCAAUAUCAAGGGAAAGAGCAACGAGCACUGUAUGCUUGCUGGCUGUGCUUAACAUGAAUUUGGCCCUGUGGCCCACCUGGGAGUCCUGCAAGCCAGGCAUAGCACUUCUAGGAGUAUGGUGGUCUUUGUAGGAGUAUCCUACAAGUGCACUGAGCAGGAAGUGAGAUCAUCACUCAUGGGGAGAGCGCUAACAGACCCAAAGUGAGGCAGGUGAGUAUGAGAGAAGGCAGCAUAGUGAAGAAUAGAGCACACUGCCAGGCAGAAUUUUCUUGCCAUAGCUAGUGGCAUGGAGGCUUGCCUCCCUGGUAAAGAGACAUAGACACAGCAUAUAUAAUUUCUUGGAUUGUGAUGCAGAAGUUGAGGAUUGUGGCUAACAUGGAAUUGGGUAGGCCCAGGUGAGUGGUGGCUGGAAGAACUAGGAGCAUCAGAUGGGGUCAGGGCAGGCUGCAGCCACUUUGAAUUGUAUGGGAGAUUCGCUGGUCUCUCACAAGUGCCCUGACAUUGGAAUUGAGAAAGGAAUAAAGAGAGAGAAAAGACAUGUUUUUCUUAUUAGGAAAGUAAUGUAUGACCAUUGUAAUAAAAACAAUACAAUGUGAAAAUAUGAAAGAAAUAAAAAUAUAAUAAAUAUCUCCA